AUGGCUUCAGCUAGCGGCUCAAAGGAUUAUCCCCAAAGAUUGUACCCGGAAGGCAAAUCUCCUUUGCUGAAGAAGAGUUGUCAUCAUAACUGCAAGCUUCAUGAGUUCAUCAUGAUGAUCAGGGAUCACCUUGGGGAAGAAAUUUACAACGACAUCAUGAAUAAUUCUCAAGUUGGCGUGCUACUGAAGCUUGCAUUGACUUCGUUCAUAUGGAGUGCUAAGACGGUUCAGUAUUUUGUUAGCAACCAACUGAAGGUGGAUAGGAAUCAUGAGUUCUGGACUCUUAUUGGAGGUCGCCCGGUUAGAUUUUCACUCUUAGAGUAUGCUGAAAUCACGGGGCUAAACUGUGACCCAAUUGAUCCCAAUGACAAGUUGGAAAUAGAUCACACCGAAUUUUGGGCCGAGAUUGGAGUGAGAGGUGGGGAAGACCCUAAUUGGAAUGAGUUAGAAGCUCGGAUGAAAACUUGCCAAGCAUGGACUUAUGAGAAGAAGAAGAUGUUGGCGUUGCUUUUCAUUUUGCAUGUUGGCGUAUUGGGACUUCACCGCAACAGUCGAAUCUCGUUGGCUUUAGCCAAAACAGUUAUGGAUGAAGCAGCUUUCGAGAGACAGCCGUGGGGUCGUUAUGGAUUCCAUGAACUAAUUUAUUCCAUCAAGAUUGCUAACUUGGGGGGAGCACGAUACACUCUCCACGGAUGUGUACAGGCAAUGCUUGUUUGGGGUUAUGAGUGCAUCCCUAUAUUGGCUGAGAGAUCAGGGAAAAUACGCCCCGAUGUAGAUGACUCGGUUGUUCCUCUUCUUAGGUGGACUUCAUCACGGUGUCGUUAUGUUUUCGAGACUCUUUUGGAGAUGGAUAAGAGUGAAACCGAUGACCACAAGGUUCGGGUUAGACAUCUAAUGGUGGUGAAGCCCUUGGAGGAAAUAUAUCCUGUCUGGGAAGGUGAACCCCGACGUGUAGACGUCGAUAUAAAGGGGUUCUGGGAAUCUCCCAAAAACGUAGGUGGCGAUGCAACAGGUGGGGCUGCAACAGUUCAAACGCCGAAACAGUCGAAGAGGAAGUUGGAAACUCCACGCGUGGAGAAGAAAAAGAAAGAGAAGGUGAAAGAGGCUGAAGCAACGGAUUCAACUCCGAGAAGCAAAAGGAGAAGGGAAAGAGAGGCAAGGAAAGAAGAGACGAAGCACGAAAACUAG